AUGACUACUGUUCGGAUGAGCAUGAUGAGCGCGUCCGUCUCCAGGCGUCCAUCGCUGACCCUUGCAGUGGAGCGCGUGUCUCGCGCAGACAAGAACCCUCAAAAAAUCGACGCGUUUCUGCGAACGAUAGCUGCUAAUCGCCAGAAGAAGCCCUCAGCCAGCGUCCAGUACAUCAAGCCCAUGCCCAGUAUCGAAAGUCUGAUGCAAGAGUGGCCACCGGAAUUCGAACAGUUGACCAACACGGUCAGCUUGCCGUCUGCCGAUUUGGACGUCCCUCUGAAAAACUACAUCGACAUUAUCUGUGCGCUACUGGAUAUUCCGGUAUACAAGUCGUACAUUAAGUCUCUACAUGUUUUGUUCUCUUUGUACCUGGAGUUUAAGAACAGCAGCUACUUCAGGAAGAUGAAAAUGGACAAAUUCAGUCCGACUGCCAGCGCCGAAGGUAAACAAGAACUGGUUGACAGUGGUCAGUUUGACACGCUCAUAUUGUGA